AUGGCGCUAAGUGUAGAUCAGAAGCGAUUAAAAGCGACCAAGUUCCCGCCCGAGUUUGAUCAGAAAGUCGACACGUUGAAAGUGAACGUCGACCUCUUGAAGAAGUGGAUUGCAAGCAAGAUCACUGGUAUCCUAGGUGAUGAAGACGAUGUUGUCAUCGACACCUGCUUUAAUCUUCUUGAGGAGUCCCAAUUUCCCAAUAUCAAAGCGAUCCAAAUCCAGCUCAUGGGCUUCCUAGGCAAAGACUGCCCCGCAUUCUGCAGAGAGCUAUGGACCUUGAUGCUGAGUGCCCAAGAGAGCCCCCGCGGCGUUCCCAAGGAGCUGCUGGAAGCGAAGAAGCUAGAAAUGAAGCAAGAACAAGCUUCCAAAGCUGCUGCCGAAAGUCGUCGCCAGCAAGAACGCGAACAAAACGAAAUGAUUGAUUCGUUUCGCCGUGACGAGCGUGUAGACCGCGGAGACCGUGGAAGAGGCCGGGGUUUUCGCGACCGCCCUGGUCGAGCCAGAGACUUUAACCGCCGCCCGCCUCGACGCGACUCGAGAUCACCACCUCCUCGCUCCCCACCGUAUGCUAUCAUAAGACCGUCGGGAAAGAAAUCUGCUGACCUUAGGCACAGAAGACGUAGGAGAGUUUCUCCACCUCCUCGACGGGAACGUGACAUAUACAUCCCACGCGGGCGUGGACGGGAUCGAGACAGAGCAUGGGAACGACGCUCCUCUCCGUCGUUGAGCCGGUCAAGGUCUCCUCCACGCCGCCGCGCCGAGCAACAUCUUCUUCAAGGUCCAGAUCUCUACCUAAGCGUCACCACGGAAAGUACUCGGGGAGAGACAGACCAUCAUCUUCUCGCAGUAGAAGUCGCGGUAAAGCCGAACGCGGUAGAAAGUCACGGAAACACGAGUCUAGAUCCAUCACCCCCAAAGAGAAAUCUCGCUCACCACCCAGAAGGUCACCUUCUCACUCUCCUCCACGUCGUCGAAGCUAUGUCGAUCGUUCGCGUUCGCGUUCACGUUUACGGUCCGUAA